UUCCUUGCUUGAACAAAUUUAAGAGCCAGGCCUAUCAUAUCAUGGUGAAUCAUGGGUUCUAUUUCUUGGCAAUGCAAAGGCAAACAAAACCAACUUCUUCAAUUUUCUAUAACCGCUUCUUUUUUCCUCUCAAAACUACAACAGUUUCACUCCACACAGCAACAAAGAGCAGGUCCUUCAUCGACUCUGCCAAAACCCGCAACAAAGCUUCGAAAUUCCUUGUUUACUGCAAUACCCAGAUCACUCAAAAUGGUAGAAAUGGUAAUAUCGAAGCAGCCGAGUCAAUCUUUAAUCGCAUGCCUUUCAAAAGCACCGUGUCUUGGACUGCCAUGUUGACAGCGUAUGCCGAUAAUGGGAAAAUUUCAAAAGCCCGUGAAGUAUUCGAUGAAAUGCCGGAAAGAACAACUUCUUCGUAUAAUGCGAUGAUUACGGCUUAUAAUAAGAAUGGUUGUAUGGUAGAUGAAGCCUAUAAGCUUUUCUGCAACAUGUCUGAGCGGAAUGCUGUGAGUUAUGGCGCGAUGAUCACGGGGUUUGUUAAUAAGGGAAGGUUUGACAAGGCUUUGGAAAUUUACGAAAAUACCCCUGGGAAAUGGCGGGAACCGGUUUGUUCAAAUGUAUUGAUUAAUGGGUAUUUGAAAUUUGGGAGAUUAGAUGAGGCCGUUGGCAUUUCCGAAGGCAUGAUUGAGAGGGAUGUUGUUUCUUGGAGCUUAAUGGUUGAUGGGUAUUGCAAAAGUGGGAGACUUGUGGAAGCUAGAAAGUUGUUUGAUAAGAUGGUGGAGAGAAAUGUGGUUACUUGGACAACAAUGAUCAAUGGGUACAUGAAAAUGGGAAAUUUAAUUGAUGGUUUUGGUUUAUUUUCAAGUAUGAGAAAGGAAAGUGGAGUUUUGGUUAAUUCUACUACGUUGAGUAUUAUGGUUGAAGCUUGUGGAAAUUUUAAUAGAUAUAGAGAAGGAAUUCAAAUGCAGGGGCUGGUUUUGCGGUUUGGAUUUGAAUUUGAUGUUUUUUUAGGGAAUUCUAUUAUUACUAUGUAUUGUAGAUUUGGUUGUAUUUAUGCUGCUAAUUUGGUAUUUAAUAUGAUGAGGAAGAAAGAUUUGGUUUCUUGGAAUUCUUUGAUCAUGGGUUAUGUUCAAGAGAAUGAAAUUGAGGAAGCUUAUGAUCUUUUUGAGAAGAUGCCUAAAAGGGAUGUAGUUUCCUGGACUACCAUGAUUAUGGGGUUUUCUAGCAAAGGACAAACUGAUAAAUCUGUUGAGUUAUUUAGGAUCAUGCCUGAAAAAGACAAUGUUGCUUGGACUGCAGUAAUUUCAGGGUUUGUGAGUAAUGAGAUGUACGAAGAGGCUUUUUGCUGGUUUACUGAGAUGCUUCAGAAAUCAGUAAAGCCAAAUUCUCUUACUUUGAGCAGUUUAUUGAGUGCUUCAGCCAAUUUGGCAAUACUAACCCAAGGGCAGCAGAUCCACGGACAAGCAAUAAAGAUGUAUCUAGAAUUUGAUCUUUCAAUUCAAAAUUCACUUGUCUCGAUGUAUUCAAAAUGUGGAAAUGUAUCUGAUGCCUGUCAGGUCUUUAUGAGUAUUAAAGAACCAAAUAUCAUUUCUUUUAAUUCAAUGAUUACUGGCUUUGCUCAAAAUGGCUUUAGUGAAGAAGCUCUUAAAUUAUUUAGGAAAAUGCAGAGUGAAGGCCCGGAGCCAAAUCAGAUAACCUUUCUUGCUGUUUUGUCUGCCUGCACCCAUGUUGGACUUGUAGAAGUAGGAUGGGAAUACUUUAAAUCCAUGAAAUCCUUAUAUAAUAUGGAACCAACGCCUGAUCACUAUGCAUGCAUGGUUGAUCUCCUUGGCCGAGCUGGAUUGUUUGAUGAAGCAGUUGAUUUAAUUUAUUCAAUGCCUUUUGAGCCCCAUACUGGAGUUUGGGGAGCUCUCCUGGGUGCAAGCAGAACUCACCUCCGUGUUGAUCUGGCAAAGCUUGCAGCCCAGCAGCUUAAAAAAUUGGACCCUGAUAAUGCAACUUCUUAUGUUGUUUUGUCCAAUUUAUAUUCUAUCCUGGGAAAGAAGAAAGAUGGAGACCAAGUAAGAAUGGACAAGAAAUCAAAAGGAAUAAAGAAGAGCCCUGGGUGUAGUUGGGUGAUAGUGAAGGACAAAGUUCAUUUGUUUCUCGCAGGUGAUCAAUCUCAUAAGGAUUCAGAAGAGAUUAGAGUUACAUUGUGGACAAUUGUGAAGGAGAUGGAAGAGCUAGGUUGUUAUAGAAAAUGAAUGACUCCCUUUCUUCUGCAUGUUAUAGAUAAAACCACUAGAGAAGCUUUUCAUCUUUCUCCUCCAUUGGUCUCUUCUGCGGCAAUAGUUAUUAUUUAAGGCUUGUGGCUUUGUUGAUGGGACCAGCGGUGGUUCUUGAGGUUUUCCAUGCCAUUGGUCACGUGUGAGUAUGAUGCGUUGUAGAUAAUGGCAUGGUGAAGACAAAAGCGAAGAAUGUGUUAACUGGGAGGAUGGUUGCGUAGCUUGAAAUUCUCAUUUGACCAGCUUUUUGGGUGAGGCUAAAAGAUGAUGCUGUUGAUGGUGAGGCUCUUAUUGGAAUGUGAGAACCAUGCUUAUUGCCCUCUCAUGGGUGUUGCUAGAGCUCACAUGUAAUUUACAGGUAACCCAGUAUGUAAAAGAGGUGCUUUUUCAGCCACUGAAGUAUGUAGAGCAGUUUGUCAUCCAAAUCAACCACUGUCACGACAACAAGCUUUACCUCUGCUACCAUUAUCAAUCCCAUCCUCAGCUUUGACAAUAUGAACAAAAUGCCUUCAUCAUCACUAGCGAUGUUGCAUUGCCACUAAAAGGAGACAACUUGACCCUCCCAUCUUGUUGUGCCACUCUGUGUUCACUUCCUAUUCUAUGUCCAGAAUGCAGUGCAUUGGGUUGGACUUCCAGUUUACCUCCCAUGAUUAUGUGUAUCUGAAUGGGGAAAAUGUAUUGUACAGGAGAGUUUAUGUGAUAGCUUGUCCUAUGUUGACGCAAAACUGUCAGAUCUAACAUGAUACUUGCCAUCACGUAGAUCCGAUCUAUAAUGUUUUUCAUACCUGUGGCAGGAAAAAGGUUACCAUAGCUGUCUUUUAAUUUGAUUUGUAUUUUUUUAAUAUUUCUUAGCCUUUCAUCCCCCCUUGGUUUCUAUUCUCAGGCCUGCUUGAAAAUUCAUUAAAAUUCACAAGCAGCCAUGCCUGCAUCUCAGGUAGUCCCACAGGCCAUGUUGACAGAGUUCCCUUUUCCCCUGUGACCUGGUACGACUACUCCAGUAUUAAAUGAGACCUAGCAUUUUAUUAAUCGAGUAUCUAAUUUCAUGAUCAAACUGAAGGAGUAAUUAUCAGAAUGGAGUUGGAAAGACUUUUGUUGAUUGAUGGUUGAAUGCACAAUGGCUCUAAUUUCAGUUGGCUGUACAUGGAUCUAUGCUUUAUUUGUAAAGACUCAUCAUGUUGGACUUGAGUCAAUGUGCAUAUGUUGUUUCACGGUAUAACUUAAAAAGCAAUUUUUAUACCCUCAAAAACGAAAGGGAAGUGAUUCUUUUUGCAUUUUGUGCUCAUUAAAUUAGAGCAUUUUGUUUUAUGCUUACUUAUCAUGAUUCUUGAUUACAUUUUGUGUCUUGUACUUCUUAAGCUACAGAAAAUAUGAUAUUUUCUUGA